UCGCAUUUUAAAGAACAACUCCGCUUGAAGGCUGCGCACGCGAUGUGCAUUUGAACAGUUAUAGUUAUUGUUAUAUCCAUGUUAUUGUUAAAGAAAGCACUGAUAGCAAUAUACCAAAGCAUUCAUUGGAUGUUUUAAAAAAAAAACACGCGCGUUGCGCGUCGUAUGAAACAUAUUCAAAAGUUGUUUGCUGCCUCUGUGCAUAUGUGCGUGUGCGUGUGCUUGUAUGUAUGUUUGUAUGUAUGUGCGCUGGCUUUAUUAAACAUUAACAUUGCGAAAAAUCAAUACACAAGUCCCUCAGUGCUUGUGUGCUGUGCACCGUGUGUGGCAUUUGUGCAAAAAAUUGUGUUAAACAAAAAGGAUAAUCCAAGGAUAACGCCAGCUAGCGGCGCUUGGCGGUAGGGGCCAAGCAACACGCGCCCAACGCAUCCAGAACGAGAUCAUCGAGCACGAAUUGAGCUUCCCUUAGAGCUUCCAUUGGCGCUGGAGUUGGUCGGAGAUUGUGAAUUGAGCGAGUGUUGGAGGCAACACCCACAACGAAGACAAUAGUAGCAAAAACAACAACAACAACAACAACAGCAACUGCAGCAGCAACAACAACACGAUGUCCGCCGCCACACAAGAGUUUUGUGUGCGUUGGAACAGCCAUUUGGGCAGCAUUGGAGCCGCCUUUCCGCAGCUAUUGGCCGGCCAGAGAUUCGUGGACGUGACACUGGCCUGCGAGGGCCAUCAGGUGCAUUGCCAUCGGCUGGUGUUGGCCGCUUGCUCCACCUACUUUGAGGCCAUAUUGGCCGAGAAUCCGUGCAAGCAUCCGGUCAUCAUAUUGCCCAGCGAAAUCAAGCUGUGGGAGAUUCAGGCCCUGGUCGAUUUCAUGUACAAGGGCGAGGUGAAUGUGACGCAGGCGGGCUUGGGCCAACUGUUGCGCUGUGCCGAACAGUUGCGUAUACGGGGCCUCUACGGCUCCGAGGCGGCCAUCAACUACAAGCAGCUGCAACAGAUGCGUCUGGAUAUGGCGGCACAAGACUCGGCAACCGCAGUCAAGCAGGAGCAACAGCAGCAGCAACAACAGCAGCAGCAGCAGCAGCAGCAGCAACAGCAGCAGCAACAACAUAUGGACAGCACUGAGACGGAUGAUACGGCCACCAAUUCGACAACAUCGACAACAACAACAAGCACAACGGCGCUGUCUGCCAAGCAGCAACAGCAACAGCAGCAACAGCAACAGCAACAACAACAACAACAAUUAAACGCGGGCUCAUCAGCGGCCGCAUCAAACAAUUCGAAUGCAGCAACCGAAGAUGAUUCAGCGGAUGAUGCGAGCAACAAUUGGAAUGUCUACAGCGAGAACUAUGAAGACUUUGCGAACAACAAGCUGAAUGCACAUCUGCUGCAGCAGCAGCAACAACAACAGCAGCAACAACAGCAGCAGCAGCAACAGCAGCAACAACAACAGCAGCAUUUACAAUUGCAACAUCAUCUGGACUCGACCAUCGAGGACGAUCACAACUAUGUGGCGGCGCAUGAUGAGGACAACGAUAGCAGCGGCUUUGUUGGCAAUGUGGGCAGCACCAGCGGCCUGGCCAGCAAUGUGGCUGGACUGUCGCUGAGCAUGGACGCCGAUCUGGAUACGUCGGCAAAUACGUCCGGCUCCUCGCUGAUGCACAGUUCCAUCGAUGGCUAUACAUCGUAUAAGCGUGUGAGACGCUCGGAGGCGUCCCUGGCCCAGGCCGCCAAGUGUGUGUCCAAGGGCGAAACCUUUCAGACAGUGAGCAACAUGUUCAACAUACCCGUCUCCACCAUACGCUUCUAUAUGGCCCGCAAGGGCAUAUUGCCGAAGCGCAAACGUGGACGCGGCGCCUCGCAUGCCGGCAGCACCAUCACAACGACCACCGGUUCGGGCAACUCAACGGCUGCAGCAGCAGCGGCGGCAGCAGCAGCAGCGGCCACCAUGGCGGCGGCCACCACAUUGGGCAGCCUGUCGACAGCCGGUGCGCAUCAUGUGCCCCAUCAUUUGCCCCUGGAUGCCAUACAAUUGAAGCGUCUGACUAAUGCCAGCGGCGGAAGUGCUGGCGGCGCUGGAGCCGGAGCCGGAGCCGGAGCCGGCAGUCCAGCAAUGGCCGCUGCAGCAGCAGCAGCGGCAACGUCAUCGCCAACAGCACCGCGACUGGAGGUGGCUACGGCGGCCGGAGUGCCCUUUCAUCUGCUCAGCGAUGCGGCGGCCUUCAAGCUGAGCGAACAGCAACAGCAGGCGCAUAUAAUCUAACCAUGAGGUUGGCUUCGCUUGCACUCAAUCUAUAUGUGAGGCGUGAGAGGCGUGUGAGAGUGAGCCGUGCUCUGUGGGACAAUCGAAAGCUAUUGCGGCUAUUGGCUAUUGGCU